AUGAUGCAGCAGUCGCCUCUCCGAAUGCCAGGCGGAGGACAACGAAUGGCGCAGAAGCGCACUGCCUCAACCGCUUUCCAUACAAAACCAGUGGGCGGGCAGCAACAGGUCACAAUGGUGAUGCCGGCCCGUGCAAGCAGCGCACAGCAAAUCAGAACAUUUUCGCGUAACAUCACUUAUCAGGGUUCUCGAAUGUCACCAGCUGGUUUGGUAAUGAGCGGCAGUUCGAGGAUCGGUGAAGCGCUACCUGGUUCCAGUACUACGAGGCAGUUAUCGACAGCAGGUAUAAUAUCACGGCAGAACAUCUCUGGUGCUUCGACAGGUUCAAAGCCGAUUGCUGCAAUAUCCAUGCAAGGAGGUACCAGUACUUCAGCGCCAAUUGUUUUACAGGAUAUUGUUCCACCAUCACAGAAAAGUGAUUUUUUUUCCGAUUAG